AGAACGGAAGCCGAUGAGGGACAAUCCGCGAGUUUUCCAGUCGGCGCAACCUCUCUGUCACUUCGGGCGAAAAUGUGUUCAACAGCAGCAGAGCUUUAGUAAUCCCGUAGAGUGAAAAGGAAAGAGAAAGUCUCCACUGAUGUUGACCGGAUGCAGAAACGUUUCUCUCGCAUUUUUGUCACCCACAUUUAGAAGACUUUGUACCAGGAGGAGCUUGACAUCACAGGCUGCGCUCUACUCCUCUCCCUCAACGGUUUCAUCCAUCACUCCGUCUCUCCCUUCCCCGACUCACAGUCACAGCUUCUUCGCAAGCCAACAAACCUCAGUCCCCUUACACUCAUCUGUCCACGUCUCCUCGAAGCGCUGCCGCUCUCAUUCUGCUCACUCUUUAGGCCUGAUGGAGCUAACAGAAGUCCUGCAGGUGAUGGAGCAGCUUGCUCCUCUGUCUCUGGCUGAGUCGUGGGACAAUGUUGGCCUGCUCGUCGAGCCUAGCAAAUCUCGCCCUAUUAAAACCGUCCUGCUAACCAACGACCUUACAGAUGCUGUCAUGCAGGAAGCAGAGGCCAUGAGCUGUGACCUCAUUGUCUCAUAUCACCCUCCGUUGUUUCGGCCGGUCAAACGUCUGGUUCAGAAAGAUUGGAAGCAGCGAUUGGCCAUCCGGGCUGUGGAGGCCGGGAUAGCAAUCUUCUCCCCUCAUACCUCGUGGGACAGUGUUAAAGGAGGAGUUAAUGACUGGCUGGUUGGGGGACUUGGUAGCGGUCAGGUGUCUGUGCUGAGUCAGGCCCUCGGUGGCGCCUCUCACAGUCACAAACUGGAAUUCACGGUCAAGAGCACAGAGGAACUGAACGCUGUAAUGGAGGAACUGAAGGCCUGUGACAGUGGCACAAUACUACAACAUUCAGUCAACAGACCGGACAGCAGUGGGAUCCAUGUCAGUGUGACCUGCAGUGACUCAGCGCUGACCCCCAGUGUCCAGACUCUGUUACGACACAAUGCUCCGAGCAUGUCCCUCAACAUCCUAAAGUUAGAAAAGGCCCCUCUCCCAGGAUACGGCCAAGGACGACUCAGUGUUUUGGAACAGCCAGUCACCGUGGCGACAGCCAUCCAGAAAAUGAAGUCCCACUUGGGUUUAAGUCACCUGCGUUUGGCUCUGGGAUUGGGGCAGACGCUAGCGUCCUCUGUGUGCACUGUGGCUGUGUGUGCUGGAUCUGGGGCCUCAGUACUGAAUGGAGUUAAGGCUGACCUCUACAUCACAGGUGAGAUGUCCCACCAUGAAGUGCUGGACGCGGCGGCGAAGGGAACCAGCGUCAUCCUCAGUGACCAUAGCAACAGUGAGCGCGGUUUUCUGGCUGUGUUCAGAGAGAGGCUGGCUGUGCGUCUUCCUGACAGUGUAAAAGUGGUGGUGUCGAAGGCUGACAGAGACCCUCUGGAGGUGGUCUGACCGCCUGCGAGCAACAGUUGCACUAGUUAGUCCUUAAUUUCUACUGCUUUGAUUGGAUAAAAUUGAGGACAAAAUCCCUGUCUGCUUUAACUAAUGAUGCGAUUCAUAUGGACGUGUGUCACAUGGUUGCAUAAAAAAAGCCAUUUUCCAUUUAAUGAAUGUACAUUUCAGAGCUGACUGUAAAACAGUAGCAGAGCGUUUCACUAUAUGUUAGAUAUAUAUAUAUAUAUAUAUAUAUAUAUAUAUAUAUAUAUAUAACAUGUAAUGAUGAAAAGUGCUUCCUUGGUUCAUGUCAUACUGUUUAUCGUGUAUUUCUGGCAGGGUCUUAAUAAAAAUGGGUUUUGUUGAUCAAAAAAGUGGAUUUUGGGGCGUGUUGUAUAAGACAAAAUAUCCUUAAAUGCACAGUGGGGGCAGAGGAUAAAAGCAUGUCAUCUGAAAUAUCAGUAAUCCUCAUCAGAUUAAAAGGCUUGUUGUUCCAUCAUAGACAUGCUCAAGGAAAUCGGACAAGCUCCUGUUAAGCAAAAAGUGUUCAAACAACAGGGACAUCUGCACCAAUCUGAGGCUGCAAUGUAAAAUGUAAAGACAGUUACUUCUUAUAUCUUAUAAAGUCUUUAAGUGUUUUUUCAAUCACAUAACCUUUAGACCUCAGUGAGCAAACAAAGGUGGAAAUCAAACCACUUAGCACAUGCAUGUCAAAGAGCAGGCUCAUAGUUAUACUUAAUGCAGUGUAAACAGCAUGAACUACCUGCCCCCACUCCAGCAAUGGUUAAAAAAAACAAACCAAGUAACAAUCCUCAUCAUUGGCUGUUACAGAGUCUGGUAGCUGCAGCGCCUGCGACACACCUGUCAGUUCGUAAAAACAUUAAGAGACAUCACACACACCUCGCUGCCCCCAUCAAGGUAAUGACCUUUUUCUCAGUGUGGCAUUCACACCUCCACUUCCUCUCAGUCCCCACUCGCUUUUAUCCCCCCCCCCAGCACACACACACACACACACACACGUAUACAUACACACACAAAUGGAGAGAGAAAACAACAACUAGAACAACAUUUAUACUUUACUGCUGUAAAGUGACUCCAGCUGUCACUCUUUUAACUGGCAGAAAUGUCAGUGAGCAGGUAGAUUCAGGCCCUUUUCUUCUUCUAGUGUUGUUUUCUUUUCAAACUGUUGAAACUUGUUGAUCCUCACAUGAAAUCUCCCACUCUAUCCCGGUCAUUUAAGUUGCAAAGGCUUGACUCAUGAUGUAACAGUAAUCUACUGCUGAAGAGCCUCUAUGGUCUGUUGACAAGUCCUCCAAAAAACAUCAGAUUACUGUUGACAUGUCUUGCAUAUUAAAGUUUCUUAUGAAGA